AGUAGCUCUUUCGGAUGGAGGGAGUGUUGCUCUCAAAAUGAAGCACCACUAGCUGAGUGGCUGUAGCUGAGUUAGCUCCAUGAAGCAAUCGUUCAAGUACCAUCGUGACCACGUGAUUGUCUUUGCGUACGUCGAUUGAUGAUGAUUCAGGCAACAAAAAUGAAAAAGGCUGAUGGAAGAUCUGGACACGCGCCAUCGAGACCAAUGAUGCGCUGAGGGGGUUUCGCGCUCGCCCCUUUCAGUCUUUCGAUCCCGCAUGAUUGCGCUUGGGGUUAUCAUCACCGUCACUGCCUCCACGGUUCUCGCACUCAAGCGUGUAGUAUCUUUCUCCCAACACGUGUCCUCCGCCUCCUGUCGUGCCCGUACUCAGGAUGUAUCCCGUCAGCAAGGAUCCGGAGGACCUGCGGUGUCGGAUGCAGGAUGCCGAUAGCGGGUACGAGCAUCAGCGAAAGCAGCUGCGACGAGAAGAGAAAAUGAUCAAGGUCAUGUUCAAGAAUCCCGGUGAUGGGGAUGGCACCAAAAAGCCUCCGAUGAACCUUAGUAAGAUGUCGCUUGAAGACAUGCGAAAGAUGGAAACAGCUAAGCGGAUGGCGCUUCUCCGGGAUCGACUCAGCGACACACGUACUGUUGAAAUAGUUAGAUUUACAUUAGUACUGUAGGAGCUGUGACUGGGGGUUUGACGACUUGCUGAGGUCGCUUUCCUGUUCGUCCAAAAGCAAAAGCAAGGUUUCAACAUAUGGGAAGGAUAUCAAUGUGAUCGAUUCGUUAUUUUUGGCAUGAAACUUUUUUUCAUCCUUCAUAUCUAUCUUUGGGUUUGGACUCAGACGAGGAUCAUAAGAGAGUGCUAGCUCUUUUUCAUCCACCCAGUGUUUCUUGUGCUGUAUGUUUAUCGUGGUAAUCCCUUUUCAACUCUCACGCUUAUUACACACGACCAACAGGUAAGAAUGUUGCGUGGAAGAAAAAAAUAGCUGCGAAGAAGCCUGCUGCGCCUCCUGCUUUCACUCGUAUUCAUAUGGGUAUGCGACACCCCGAACCGCUGCUAAUCGAUCCGGACGCUUAUCAAGGUGGGCCAGCAGGUCGUUCUCGUGGCCUCGGGCAUCAACAACCAUUAAAAGUUGAGCAAAAAGGUUACGUUUUUUCUCCGUGGGUUUACUCUGACUUUGGCAACACUCACGCUUCAUCUCUAGUUGUUUCCGAAAGAGCUGGCAGCUCGAAGAAGUUGCAACUAGCUCCUUUUCUUCGUAGAAUUAUAUUGGAAAGUUGCCCACUCUAAGAAAGUGGACAAUCUGCUACGGACGCAAAAGCCACGUCUAUUACGGCGUCAGGGAUGCCCUACCGUCGACGAGAUUCGCCGAGAUGUAGCAGAAUACGAGCGCGAGGCGAAAAUGCUACUCCAAGAGUUGCGGCAAAUCAAAGACAAGCGCUUGCGGCACGAGCGAAAUUGCGAUUAAGGCUUGACUAUUAUGUCGAGAAUAUCGCUUGAUGUUGAUCUUCAAUGCGUAGAAGACGUCAUGACAUCAAAGAAAUGGAAGUUUUACUUCGUAGAACUCUAGGGUGUUGAAAGAAGUUUUUUACACAAGAGAUUGAUUGCGUGAGCACAGUCAAAUAUAGCACCUGCUACUAGUAGUAGUACCUAGGCUACCUGACGUCUCAGUCGCAAAACGACACUUUUCCCCUCCUUUCGUGCUUUGACAUUUCUAACGAACGACUCUACAGGAGGUCCUGCGUUCACUCGCGGAAGGCGCAGGGACCCGGGCCUUGGUUGUGGACCGUGUCUUGCCUUACUCUUGUAUUCCCGGUAUGCCACCGGUUCCGACCGCCAAGGGUGCAGGAGCAAUGUCAGCAGUUUCACUGGCACAAUCCCAACACCCUGCCAUGGUAGAAAUCGCGGGUGGACGUGGUGACGGUAGCGUAGCUUGUCGGUCAAGGGAGGAACCUGAAAAAGCGCUUUUAGGUGCAGAGGGAAAGAAAGCAGACGACGAUAGGUACAAGACAUCAAAGGGGACGACUUCAUCAGAUGAACAAAAACUUUCGAAGAAAACACCAAGCGGAAAAAUCGCUGGGCUAGACAGUUUUCUAACGGACGCUGAUAUAGCGACGAUCGACGGCCUCCUAGCCGAAGCGCAGCGCAAAAUGCGGACUGUCGGAGCAGCAGUUGGUGAUCUGCAAGAAGAGGAGGAGAGAGACCUCGGCGAAGUGCUAGAGUUUCUCACGCGCAGAAAUAGCAUUGUGGCGGACGAACUCGAUGAGCAGAAUGAUAUUGGGAUUGCAACUGGUGAAAAGAAAUCAGGCACGCUGUCCCCCUCGAAGUCACCCUCCCGGCAGGAACAGCGGUCGAGGUCUGGAUCCCCCACGAAAAAGCCGGAAUUUCCCAAGGAACUGGAGCUCCGCGAUGGUUCCCGCGUGCUCAUCACUGGUGUGGAUCCUGGGUCGCCUUACAAAAAGGUCAAUCCGAGUACCGGCAAGCCGUACGGAGAGACGCCAAGAAAAAUCGAGGCGGAUCCGCCGAUAGCUCUGGUUUCAGCAGGCGCAGCCUCUGCCAGUGCAGGCACGUAUCCGCAGUCCUCACAGCAACUACUGAUGUCUUCGGGAACCGCACAAACACAAUAUUUGCCACAAGCAGUCGCGGCUGGCAGUUCCUACGCAACGCAUCCAGUUUCAGCGGGAGCGCUCGUGCCCCCUCUACCACUGUCCAUGCAGAAUCCCUCGGCGGCUGGGGCGACUGGGCUGGUUGUUGGGCAGUCCGGUUCGGGUUCGCAAUUUUAUGGUUAUCGCAGUACUGCUACUGCUUCUGGACCACUGGCAGCAACAACGGCUAGCGGAGUCCCGUUGUACCAGCAGCAGCCGCAGGCUGGUGUAACGGGAUCAGCUUUUCACCCAGCUCUCUCAUCGACCGUGCCAUCCAUUGGGAGCGGCGCUAUGGCCCAGGCACUCGGUACCACGCCGGCUGUAAACAGCGGAACUUUGGGCCAGCAACCGGGAAGUCUGCAUGUAACACAGGGUGGGAAUCUUACGCAAAUGUCUUCAGUAGUUGCGAUGCCGAUGCAAAGAGGAUUAGGAUUUCAGUCUGGAGGUGUCCAGCCAGCGCACGCUGGAGCGGUUGGCGCAGGCGCCGUUGUAUCGCCACCUGUUCCGAACCUGCCGUUGGCGGCUCCCUCAACGCCGACCGCGACUGUGCCUGGUGUUUCGGCGGGCGCGAGUGCGACGCAAAUUAUCGAUCGUGUGGCAGCAGGCACUGCGACUGUUUUUUCUACGGCCUACCAGGGACCACAAAGUAAUUCCGCUUUGAUGGCGUCAGCCAGCCGCGCAGGAGUGCCAGCUGUGUCUGUAAAUGGGGUUUCUGUGACAUCGCUUGCACAGGCGGGAUCAACAACCGCUGCUGCGGCUCUUAAUCGUCCUGCGGUCUCUACAGCAUCAUCGAGCCAGAUGCUUGGGCAGCCAGCGAACAGUUUCUUGUCAUCUGCGCCCACUGCAGCCGCGAGAAACGAUGCAGUGAUUGAUUCUUUGUUAGGCCUCGGUCGGGGGUCGACGUUGGCCACCAACAUCACAACCGGAGUGCACAAUGCAGCCGCCCCCGUUGGAAUGGCCGGUGGUCCGGUCCUGCGCUCUGGCAGUCUCGCUACAUCGGCGUCAGCUGCACCAGUAAGUUCAGUGAGUUCGUCGAGCACAGGCGGGCAGAUGUCGAGGAAUGUGGGUUUGCCGAUCCCUCAGAGUACACCGAUUUCUGGACACGCUUACCCUCAAUCCGGACCAGGAGGAGCGAAUGUACUGAGUCCAAUGGCCCAGGCAGCGGUGCCAUAUACAGCGACAAUUCCAAACUUCGGCUCAUCAUCUGCACAAUCAAAAAGCAAUCCGAUCUCGGGAAAUAUCCGUUAUAUUUGA